CCCCACUUUUUUGUUAUUUGACGUUUAGCUGUCAGCUGCACAGAUGACAUUUAAUAAAAAUUUUUGUUAGUUGCAAAGUGUCAGCGUGAGUGGUUGUUGUGUGUAUAUACAGUGAACAGUACAACAGAAGACAACAGGACUUUUAAGCUAACUGGCGUUACCUUGACUACGUAUUACAAUGGAUCACUCGCAACAUACACUGCACGAAGGUCACAACAUGGAUCAUUCUAUAGAUCACUCGCUUCAUCACUCCGGUAUGGAUAUGGUCAUGCAGAUGUAUUUUAAAUUUAGUACGGACGAAUAUGUACUUUUUAAGGCAUGGCAUUUUACGACUGCUGGCGGUCUUAUAGGCUCUAUGAUAGGAAUAGCUAUAUUGGCAGCGAUAUACGAAGGUCUUAAAUAUUUUAGGGAAUAUUUGUUUUGGAAAACCUACAACUCUUUACAGUAUAGGGCAGUUUCGCUUCCAGAUAAAAAUGCCACCCCCGAGGAGCCUCAAGUAGUUCAAAUGAUUGGUGGGGUUAUACAUAAGAAACCGCCUACAAUGAUGAGCAAGAUGCACGCCCUUCAAACGAUCCUACACAUGGUCCAGAUGGUCUUGUCGUACUUCCUGAUGUUAAUCUUCAUGACUUUCAACGUGUGGCUCUGCAUGGCAGUAGUGGUUGGCGCAGGAAUAGGAUAUUUUCUCUUCGGAUGGAAAAAAUCUGUGGUGGUCGACGUAACGGAACAUUGUCACUGAUACCAACCGAACAAAUGCUUAGUAUCAUUUAGGAUUUUAAGAUAGAUAAUAUAUCUUAGAGUAAGAUAAAACCAAAGUGUAUCAGCUGCGAAAAGUCUGCUAAAACUGACCAGAAAAACUUCAAACAGUAUGUAAAAAUAAAGUAAAACAUUGAUACUUUUGUGCCUUCAAGAUAUAUGAAUACUUUAGAAAAAAUUAUCUAAAAUUUAAUAAAAAAAAUUUAAUAAAAAAAUGUUUUAACUUC